UAUGAAUUCUUUAAAAUUAAAAAAAUUAGUUUUGAAGACAUGAUCAAUCAAUUUCAUUUGAAAUCCAAAAAAGCAUUUCCCUACCACAGACUUCUGCAAACAAUACAAGGAAAGAAAAAUUUAUGUCGCAAACAACUUUGGCGACGAAACGACAUGCAUAUGCCUGACAAAUGAAAUUGUUUAGGCAAAGCCUUGCUCACAAGUUCCGGAAUGGCAUCCAACUAAUGCAAACACAGAGUGCACAAAACCAUUCAGAUAUUUCCCUCAAUCCCAAUAUAUUUGCUUCUCUCUUGCAAGAAUGUUCACAUGUCAAAUCAGUUGAGCAGCUACACACCCAAAUCUUGAUAACUGGACUUCACCAAAACCAUCAUUUGGCAACAAAACUUGUAAGUAUUUACGCCAAGCAUGGGUUUAUGGAGAUUGCACGUCAACUGUUUGACAAAAUUCCUACGCGAGAUAAUCUUUUAUGGAACGUAAUGAUCAAAGGAUAUGCUAUCAAUGGUAUAUGUGAUGAAUCCCUUCAUCUCUUUUACAAAAUGAAGGAGGAAAAUUUACAGCCCGAUAGGUAUACGUUCUCCUUCGUGCUUAAGGCGUGUGCAUAUUUGUCGGCUUUACAGGAGGGGAAGGAGAUAUGUGAUGAGGUAGUCAGUGCUGGAUUAGCAUUGGAUGCUUCUGUUGGAGUUUCUGUUAUAUCAAUGUACGCGAAAUGUGGAAGAGUUGACGACGCACGCCAAGUGUUUGACAAUAUAUCUGAACGAAAUGUGGUAUCAUGGAAUGCUAUGAUUUCUGGGUAUGUGUGGAAUGGACGUGCCAAUGAGGCUCUGGAAGUCUACCACCAAAUGCAAAAGGAAAAUGUGAAACCCAACAGAAACACCUUUGUAAGCAUUCUUCGUGCGUGUGUCGACUCAAAGAAUGUCGAACAGGGGAAAAAGAUACACGAGGAAAUUCGUAAAAGUGAAGUUGAGCUGGAUGUUGUAUUGAGUACGGUGCUUAUAGAUAUGUAUUCUAAAUGUAAAAACAUGGAAUUUGCACGCGAAAUGUUUGACAAAAUGUAUCGGAGAGAUAUGGUGUUGUGGAGUGCAAUGAUUAUGGGGUAUGCUCAUAGUGGACAUGCAAAUGAGGCCUUGAGGUUUUUUAAUCAGAUGCUACAGGAAGAUUUUAAGCCGGACUUGAUCACGAUGUCAAGUGCUCUUGCAGCUUGUGCUCAUUUAUCAGCUUUAAGAGGAGGUAAAUCAAUACAUGGUUACAUUGUUAGAAGUGAAUUGAAAGCAGAUGCUUUUGUCAGCACUGCCACUGCUCUUAUAGAUAUGUAUGCUAAAUGUGGGAGUUUAGAACUUGCACGCCAUGUGUUUGAAAUAAUGCCUAAAAGAAAUACUGUCUCAUGGAAUGUAAUGAUUAGGGGUUAUGGAAUGCAUGGGUAUGGUGAGAAUGCCCUUGAGCUGUAUCUCCAGAUGCAGGAGAAUGGCAUGAAGCCGGAUGAGGUUACUUUUACAAAUCUCUUGUCUGCAUGCAGUCAUGCAGGCCUUGUGUCUGAGGGCCGCAAACAGUUUGAUAGCAUGGUUCAAGAUUAUUGUAUCACUCCCAGGGAGGAGCACUAUACUUGCAUGGUAGACCUAUUUGGCCGUGCUGGACAUCUGGAUGAGGCACUUGACUUUAUUCAAAGGAUGCCAAUAGAACCUUCUAUUAGUGUGUGGGGAGCUUUGCUCGGUGCUUGUAGAAUUCAUGGCAAUAUUGAAUUAGGAGAGUGCAUAGCAGAACGCCUUUUCAAUUUAGAUCCUAAAAACACUGGACGUUAUGUACUCUUGUCAAAUAUGUAUGCAGCAGCUGGCCGGUGGGAUGGUGUGCUAAAAGUUAGAGCAAUGGUGAAAGAAAGGGGGCUGAAAAGGACUCAGGGAUGCAGCUAUAUUGAGUUAAAUAAUAGAGUUCAUGCAUUUGUCAUGGGAGACAGAUCACAUCCUCAAUCUGAGAAAAUCUAUUCAACAUUGGAAGCCUUGUCUAAAGAGAUGGAGAAGGCAGGGUAUGUGCCUGACACAAACUUUGUGCUGCAUGAUGUGGAGGAAGAGAUGAAAGAAAGUAUGCUUUCUAGUCAUAGUGAGAAGCUGGCAAUUGCUUUUGGGCUGAUCAAUACAAGUCCUGGAGUAACUAUCAGAAUUACCAAAAACCUUCGCAUCUGUGGUGACUGCCAUAUUGCUUCUAAAUUCAUCUCCAAAAUCGUGGGGCGAGAAAUUAUUAUGAGGGAUGCAAACCGUUUCCAUCAUUUCAGGGAUGGAUUGUGUUCUUGCAGGGAUUACUGGUGAUGCCAAUCCAAACAAACAAAAUAAUAUUCUUGAUUAAAACUUUUGUACAGUACUUGCAUUUGGAUGACAGCCAAUGUGAAACUAUUGCUUUGUCUAUUUUGUAACAUAACAAGUUAGAUUAUGUCACAACAUAUGGUUUUAGAAUCAAGGUGUAAUGAUGUGGUGAUGUUUUAGGCUUAGAUUAUGUCUAUAAUAGUAUAUGAAAGCCAAAGGUACGGUAAGCUGAAGUCUUGAAGCAGAUGCCAAAAAGUUACAUGAUACUAAGUUACAUCUAUUGGGUUGUCUAUUUUUAAGCUCCAAUGGAAAGCUUGAGACUUUCUCUGCAGUAUUCUGCAAACAAUUGUUUUAAUGGAAUUUUGGGUUAAAGCGGGAC